AUGACCUCGGUGCAGUCCCGCAUACAUGCCUUUGAGUCUCUGUCCAAUAAUGCCUCCUCGUCGACGUCACCGUCGUCGGCGUCGCUCAUCGACCUCAAAGACUGGGUCGUCGACGUCACGCCCAUCGUCGACGUCGCUCCCCCUCUACCUCCUCGCACUCUCAAGCCCCCAGUAACACACACAUAUCCACCAAAACACACCUCAGCGUCGUCCAUCUCGUCCUUCCAUUCUGUCUCUCUCGACGGCCAGACAUCGACCGACGGUGACUCUAUAGACGACUCGUCAUACGAAAAUGUGUCGCCAAUACAACCGACGCCGCCGAAGCUGCCCAAAAGACCACCCUCAGCAUCAUCGACACUGACGAGCACGACGAGCACGACACGUCGACCUCCGCCGCCACCGCCGCCUGCUUCAUCAUCACGCUCUUCUAUUACAUCCACACGACCGUCGUCUCGUGCGUCAUCGACCUCCUUUGCCCCCUCUCUUACCCGUCCCACGCCCAUACCACCUGCCGCUCGUGCUCGCUAUACCUCAGUUUUUGACCGCAAUAUCUCACAACGAAACCUAGCACGCCAGCAGCGUAAAGCCAAGCCUCCACCGACACUACCAUUUCUCUCACCACGCAAGUCCCGGCAGGCCGCUGGAUGGCGCGGACUUUCCGUUGAUCUCAUAACAGGCUCAGACGACCUGCCCGCUGCCGAGUCUGACUCGGAAGAUGAUUCCCCGCUAACGCUCCCACCACACAUUGUGAAGCUUAUAUGGAGAAAAUCUCGUUUGGAGGAUACCAAAUUGGCGCAGAUAUGGACGGAAUGUACUCAGGGCCAUCUUAGAUCCCAGCCUGGUCUAACGAAAGACGAGUUUGUCAGCGGAAUGUGGAAGAUUGACGAAGAGCUGCGUAGACGGGGUAAUCCCCCAAAAGGCCGCAUGGCUCGAACCCGCUAUGGAUAA